AUAUCGUGCGGAUUUUUCCGGCGGGUUGUUGAAUCGUUGAUGCACCCUUCAAUGCUCUCUCUCUCUCUCGCUCUCUCUUUUCUCUGUUUUCACAUGCAGAGGACGUCACGCUUUUCAAAGAUCGCACCAGAAAGAUACAGAUAAACAGAUAAAGCAGGCAGAUCAGUAAAAAUAUAUAUAUAUAUAUAUAUAUAUAUAUAAAAGAUGAUGAAAGAAAAAGCAUAUUUGGUCAAUACCUUUACCCGUGUAUGGGAGUGCCAAAAAGUCUCUCUCUCUCUCUCGCUCGCGCUCUCUCUCUCUCUCUCUCUCUCUCUCUCUCUGGACUUCAAUUCCACUUUGGCCAUCUGGGUUCCCCUAUAAAUUGGAAUUGUGGGUCUAAUUCUCCGAAAUCUCGGACGCUGAGUUUUGCAUCAUUCACCUUUUGGUACUCUGUUUUACCACAACCGCUUCAUUUUUCGGCCUUUACUGCAUCAAUGGCAGAGAUCCACGCACAAAAUGGAAAACAUGAAGUUGUUCUGAAUGUAAAAGACGGCGGCGACGCCAACCACAACCCCCCUCGCCCUUCCACAAACUCCACCGCAGAAACAGGGUUCUGCCUCUCUGUCCCUUUUAUGCAGAAGAUUAUUGCAGAGGUGUUGGGAACAUACUUUCUGAUAUUUGCGGGGUGUGCAGCGGUGGUGGUGAAUUCAGAUAAGGAGAAGGUGAUAACUUCACCAGGAAUAUCAAUCGUGUGGGGGCUGGUGGUAAUGGUUAUGGUUUACUCCGUCGGCCACAUCUCCGGCGCCCAUUUCAAUCCGGCGGUCACCAUUGCUUUUGCUACUUGCAGAAGGUUCCCCUGGAAGCAGGUGCUGCCGUACAUAUUUGCCCAGGUAGUUGGCUCAACCUUAGCAAGUGGAACACUGAGGUUACUAUUCAACGGCAAGCAUGAUCACUUCGCCGGAACACUGCCGGCGGGAUCCGACCUUCAGUCCUUUGUCAUUGAGUUCAUUAUUACCUUCUACCUCAUGUUUGUCAUUUCCGGUGUCGCGACUGAUAAUCGUGCUAUUGGGGAAUUGGCGGGACUUGCGGUCGGGGCUACUGUUCUACUUAACGUGAUGUUUGCUGGGCCAGUAUCGGGGGCAUCCAUGAAUCCAGCGAGGAGCUUGGGGCCGGCAAUAGUGUCAAAGCAAUACAGAGGGAUAUGGAUAUACCUAAUGGCGCCCACAGGAGGAGCCAUAGCAGGAGCAUGGGUCUACAACAUCGUCAGGUUCACCGACAAGCCCCUUCGUGAAAUCACCAAGUCCACCUCUUUCCUCAAGGCCUCCUCUUCUUCCUCACGCAACUAACAAUCUACUCUCUCGUCUCUUUACCUACUGAACUAAAACAACAAAAAAUGAUCUUCUCUACCUCCUUAGAUUUUCUUGUCAUCCACGUUUUUCUUGUUUUUCCAAGAGGACGAGGAGAAAGAAUGGCUGUGUUAUCUAUGUAUAUCCAGGGCCACGGGUCUUCUGCUUUGAAAUGGAAACCAUGCAUGCAAGUUAUGUGCUUACGCUUCGCUUUUUGUAGAAGAAAGGAAAUAAAGCUGAUCACAUGUUUGUUGCUGGUGAA